AUGAAUCCAGAAUACGAUUACCUCUUCAAGCUCCUGCUUAUCGGUGACUCUGGCGUUGGAAAGUCUUGCCUCCUGUUGCGAUUCGCCGAUGACACAUACACCGAGUCCUACAUCUCUACCAUUGGUGUUGAUUUCAAAAUCCGAACAAUCGAACUCGAUGGGAAAACUGUCAAACUACAGAUCUGGGACACAGCCGGCCAGGAACGUUUCCGAACCAUCACUUCUUCAUACUAUCGAGGCGCACAUGGAAUCUGUGUCGUCUACGAUGUGACAGACAUGGACUCUUUCAACAAUGUCAAGCAAUGGCUCCAGGAAAUUGAUCGUUAUGCUACCGAAGGAGUCAACAAGCUGCUUGUCGGUAACAAGAGCGAUAUGUCGGAUAAGAAGGUGGUCGAGUACACUGUGGCAAAGGAGUUUGCUGACAGCCUGGGAAUUCCCUUCCUCGAGACAUCCGCAAAGAAUGCCUCGAAUGUUGAGCAAGCCUUCCUGACCAUGGCUCGCCAGAUCAAGGAGCGCAUGGGAACGACCACAGUCAACAACAAGCCCACCGUACAGGUCGGUCAAGGCCAAGGAGUGCAAUCCGGAGCCGCUGGCGGUUGCUGCUAG